UUCCGUAUUCGGAGGAAGGAAUAGAUGCAAAAUUGUAAACAACGUGAGACAAGCAACUCAGAGAAUGAAUUAAAAACUGUGUACUGUCGUGAUGUAAAUAAUGGAUAAUUUUGUACAUAAAAGAAAACGUUCAACAGAGGACCAAGAAUCAAUUGGAAAGAAAAGGAACAGCAUGUCAUCUGGUGGAACACUAGAAAAUGGCACAGCGAAGAAUCCGACAAGAUCGUUAAAUAUAAAAGCUGAGAACUUGGACCUAGAAUAUCAUAUACUGUUUAGCAAAAGAGAGGCAGAUGACUUGUUCCAGAGAUGUGAAAAGGAGUUGAUAUACAACACAGGGCAGCUAGCCCAAGUGAAGAUAUUUGGAAAAUGGCUAGAUAUUCCAAGGAAACAGGUGGCCCACGGGGAUGAAGGUUUGGCAUACACCUUCUCUAACAAUACUAUACCAGCAAAACCAUGGACACCAUUAUUGCUUGAAAUUAAGGAUGCAAUAACUCAUCUUACAGGACACACUUUUAAUUUUGUUCUCAUCAACAGAUAUAAGGAUGGCAGGGAUUACAUGGGAGAGCAUAAGGAUGAUGAGAAAGACCUGGACCCAUACGCACCUAUUGCAUCGCUUUCACUAGGUCAACAAAGGGACUUUGUUUUCAAGCAUGGGGAGUCUAGAGGGAAAGGAGCUAAAAGGAAAAUUGACCCAGUUAAGGUGGAGCUUGCAAGUGGCAGCCUUCUGCUGAUGAAGUACCCUACUAAUAGAUACUGGUAUCACUGUCUACCUGUUCGAAGAAAUGCACCUAAUGUACGAAUUAAUAUGACAUUUAGACAGAUGUUGACUUCAGAAAUUAAAGGCAGCUAGCAAGACCAAAUAAUAAUAAUUAUUAAUUGAACAGUACUUGCUUACUGAAUUUCAUUUAAAGUUUUAUUUUUAGAGGGUAAAUUGCAAAGAAUGUUUUAUUUUUAUUGGCAUCUCAUUAAAUUUUAAAUACAACAUCAAAUUAUAGGUUUCAAAAAUGACUUAAAGAUUUCAUAGUUCCAAUAAUUUUUCAUGUGAAGGACAAAGAAAAAUCAAAAUAU